CUGCUGCCAACAGCUGUCAUCAGAUUGCAGCGUUUAAAUUGGGCUUCCUCCUCUAAACUUAGAACAUCUCUUUAAAAGGGGAGAACGUCAACAUAAUUUGUUCACUACUUUCACUUGUAAGUCCUAAUGUUGUGAUUUUUAUUCGUACUGUGGUUUGCUAUUGCUAGUUUGCGAACACACACCUGCUAAUAAUCGCCGAGCAUGUCGCUUCACGAGGCUCCCGCCCUCCUCUUUUUGAAAUCCUCUCAGGAACUGCGGGGCAUGGAGGAGCAGCAGCAACUCCUCGAAUGGGCGAAAGACGGCAGUCGCUCCCCUGUCCGUAGGCUUCUUCAGUCGAGAGUCGAACAAAACACUUCUCUCAACCUAAACUGUCGAUCAAAGUCCAAAAACUACGCGGGAUGGACGCCUCUCCACGUGGCGUGUUACCAUGGAAACACGGAUGUUGUGGAGGAAUUAUUAAAGGCAGGUGCUGAUGUGAAUGUGCAGGACAACAUGGGUGAUACACCUCUACAUAAAGCAUCCCACACAGGAAGAAAGGAGAUUGUUCUAUUGCUGCUGCGAUAUGACGCCUUUGCCAGCGUAAUCAAUGGAACUGCACAGAUCCCGAAGGAUGUCACAGAGGAUGAUGAAAUCAUUACCAUGCUGGAGGCUGCGGAGAGGAGAGAGAUGAGGCGUCGAGAAGAGAGGCUUCUGGAGGCUGCCAGAGAGGGAGAUGUGUCCGCUCUGUCCAAGCUGCUCAGUGGGAAGGAGGCUGUGGAUGUUCACUGCAAGGAUUCAGUGGGAAAUACACCAUUACACUGUGCUGCCUACAGAGGGCACAAGCAGUGCAUAAUAAAACUGCUCAGAUGUGGCGCCUGCCCCGCUGUCAGAAAUAACAAAGAGCAAACAUCGUUGGACUUGGUACGUGAUGACGAUCUAAAGGGGGUUCUAAAAGCACAUCAAGUAAAGGAUGGGAGCAGCCGGGUGAAGAAGAUUGAAGGCCCUCUCUGGAAGAGUUCACGCUUUCUCGGGUGGCGUCUCAACUGGGUGGUAAUUGAGGACGGAACUGUCUCCUGGUACCACAGACAGGCUGAGUCAGUGGCUGGUGUAAGAAAACAGGGCUGCAAAUCUUUAGCACAAGCUUAUUGCAUGAUUAAACCGUGGGAUAAUUGCUUCUUCAUGCUCAGGUGUGCUGAUGAUUCUGCACUCUGUUUUAAGGUGCCCUCAAAGAUGGACUCUGUAGCAAAACGAAAAAGAUGGUUGGAUGCUUUUGAGGCACAUUCCUCGUACAGCACUUACCACUGCACCCAGCAAGAACUCAUGGAAGAUGCGGUCACAGAGCGCGACAUUACAACGAUCAAUAUAACUCAAGCUCUGCAAGCCGCCAGUGCUUGCCAGGACAAACUGGAGAGUGAGGUGUCCGUUUUCCUAUCCAUGGUGAAGAAUGAGGAGAAUUGUGCGUUGCCUGCACCACUUCUACUGAAAGCAAAAGACACCAGCAAGCUUUCCAGUGAAACUAGUGCUGCUCUCCAGCUCUGCCUUCAGUUAUUGUCCCGUCAAGAAGAGGUUUGGACACUGAAGUUGGAGCAGGAAGUGGAGAAGAACAAGGCUCUUACAGAGGCGCUGCAGACCAUAGCGACUGAGCACCACAAGCUCAAGCAGACCCUGUGCAAGAGUAGGAGGUCAUCCGCCCUCAGCACGCUCACUGAAGAUGAAUUCUAUGACGCUUUGUCAGAGUCCGAGUCGGAGCUGUCUGUGAGCAGCUUCCUGUCGGUGGCCAGCAACUCCUGUGAAGAGGACGGGAGCGACACCCCUCUUCUCAACAGUCUCAGGGGGGCUGCCGGAAUGUCAGGGGAGGAUAACCAUGACAACCAGAACAAUGCCGCCAACAAGCGCAGAACAUCCCUGCCGUCUCCCAUGUUCUCCCGAAAUGACGUCAGUAUCUGGAGCAUCUUGAAAAAAUGCAUCGGCAUGGAGCUGUCCAAGAUCGCCAUGCCGGUGAUAUUUAACGAGCCGCUGAGUUUCCUCCAGCGAUUGAGCGAGUACAUGGAGCAUACCUACCUCCUCCACCAGGCCAACGCCAGCACAGACUCUGUGGAAAGGAUGAAGUGUGUUGCAGCUUUUGCCGUGUCAGCCGUAGCGUCGCAGUGGGAAAGGACCGGGAAGCCCUUCAACCCCCUGCUGGGUGAGACGUACGAGCUCGUCAGAGACGACUUGGGCUUCAGGUGGGUGUCAGAGCAAGUGAGCCAUCACCCUCCUGUCAGCGCCUUUCAUGCCGAAGGCCUCAAGGACAAUUUCGUCUUCCAUGGCUCCAUCUAUCCCAAACUCAAGUUUUGGGGUAAGAGCAUAGAAGCCGAGCCCAAAGGAAUCAUCACGCUGGAGCUUCCCAAGUACAACGAAGCCUACACCUGGACGAACCCCACCUGCUGUGUACACAACAUCAUCGUGGGCCAGCUCUGGAUCGAGCAGUACGGCAGCGUGGAGGUGGUCAAUCACAAGACCGGAGAGCGAUGCAGUAUGACCUUUAAACCCUGUGGUCUCUUUGGCAAGGAGCUUCAUAAAGUGGAAGGAUACAUCCUAGAUAAAAGCAAGAAGAAGCUGUGUGCCAUCUACGGCAAAUGGACUGAGUGCUUGUACACAGUCGACCACGCCGCAUUCGAUGCCCACAAAAAGUCAGACAAAAAAAGUUUGGAGGAAAAAAAGGCAUCCAAAAGGAGCAGCGUGGAUGAAGAACCAGAGGAAAUGCCUCCGCCUGAUGCAGAGACAGUGCAGGUCAUCCCAGGCAGUGAGCUCAUCUGGAAGAUAACGCCUCGGCCUGACAACUCGGCCAAGUUUUAUGCCUUCUCCACAUUCGCCAUGCAGCUGAAUCAGCUGGACAAGAGGAUGGAGGGCGUGCUGCCGUCCACGGACAGUCGCCUCAGGCCUGACAUCAGCGCUAUGGAGAAUGGAGAUAUCGAUAUGGCCAGUGCAGAGAAGAAGCGACUGGAGGAAAAACAAAGGAUGGCCCGCAAGAAUCGAGGCAAGUCCACAGAUGAAUGGAAAACAAGGUGGUUUCAGCAAGGAGCUAACCCUCACAACAAGGGUCAAGACUGGCUCUACUUGAAAGGCUACUGGGACAGAAGGUACAGUCAGCUGCCUGACAUCUACUAGCAGGUAGAAACAGCAGAUAACUAUUUGUAAAUGCUUUGGUAGAUGUUACAAAGCCGGUUUGUCAUCAUUGGUAAAUGAUGUUGGCUUCAGAACCUUACUGUAAGUGCUGUGUUUAAAUAUUCUGUAGUGCAAUACAAGGAAGUUAGACUGGAUAAAAACUUCCUUUGUCAGAGUGUGAACAGAGUAAGAGUGGUAGUUUAGUGUUUUAUUACACUUGCAGAAAAAGCUGCUCUUCCACUGUGAAAAGGUCAAAGUUAAAUCUGUAGCAAUAUAUUUACUAAUUUAAAUGCAUGUGAAUCACUGUAACUAUGCAAGUGUCACCACCUGCGUGUAGCUGCUCGUCUAUUUUACACUACGAACUUGACUGUUAUAGAAAAGCUCACUUAUUGGUUUUGCUUGAAUUAAAAAUUGCAUGAUGAAUAAUUAUCUUCUAUCUUUAAUGGCUUAUUUACCCCCCAACUCCUGAAACAUGUUUUUAUAGUUCAAAAAGGAUUAAUUCAUUGCCAAUUCAAAUGAGUAGUUUUAAAACAUCCAAUAUAUAAAGAGGAACUAACUGCUUUGCAGCAAAAAGGUACCACCGUGCCAUCAAAGUUUGGCACAUUUAAGGACUACGUGCAAAACAUGUUUCCACAUGGAAUAAAGUUCCAGAAUACAGUGUGAUACUCCUACCUGCAGAUAAGCAAAGGCCACCACAGAAAGUGUUGUGCUGCUUUUUGGCUCAGAAAACCAACAUAAAAAGACAUUAAAAAAUGUAACAUGAAAUAUUG